GGGGAGAAAAGAACCAAAGAAAAAAAGGGUUUCCAUUUCAUUGUUCUUUGGCUGCUGCUCUGCUCUGCUCUGGUUUGGCCGCGUCCAAGCUGCUGCCUUUUCAGUUUCCCCUACCAUUCGUUCACGCGUUUCCCCCGCCGCAGAGCAGAUCUCAUCAUUCGCGUCGCGCCGUCGCCACCAAACACCACAAUUCCUCGCUUUCCCAUCUGCUGCUUCCUUUCCUUCCCCAUGCCAUUGCCCAUUCCCCGCUUCCUCUUCUUGCUCUUCCCUGCGAAUGGAGCCGCCGCCGCUGCUCCGGCUUCUCCUGCCGCUGGCUUCUCUUUCCUGCCUGCUGCUCGCCCGCGGUAGUGCAGCGAUCGGAGUUCUAGGAGGAGGAAUCGGUGCCGACGGCUGGAGCAGCAGCAGCAGCACCAUACUACCUACUGCUCAUCAUCUUGGAAACCUCAUAAAUGGGCAUGCUAGAAGAUUACUGCACAUUGGUGAUAAAUAUACUGCAUUUCUCCAAGCACCUCCUCCUAUUCACAAGAAGCGGCACAAGCAUCAUAAAAGCCCGCAAAAACUAUCACCAGUGCCUGCUCCAUCACCCUCACCACUCAAUGCUCCACCUCGAGCCUCGCCAUCACCAUCUGCUUCUAUACCUGCAAUAUCUCCAGGAUUUCAUCCACUGGCAGCCCCUUCAGAACCACUUAGUACUUUGCCUUCCCCUCCACCGCACAAGCAUUCAUGGAGAAACUACAGGAUAGUAACUGCAGGGAGCGCAGUUUUUCUUGUCAUGGCAGCAGCUUCUGUGAUGUACUGUCGAGCUAAGAAAGUUGGCAGUGUCAGGCCGUGGGCUACAGGAUUAAGCGGGCAACUGCAACGAGCAUUUGUGACAGGUGUACCUGCAUUGAAACGAUCCGAGCUGCAAGCAGCCUGUGAGGACUUUAGCAAUAUAGUUGGUUCUACGUCUAGCUGCAUGCUGUACAAGGGAACAUUAUCGAGUGGAGUUGAGAUAGCAGUUGUGUCGAGCUCAAUAACAUCCGUCAAGGAUUGGUCAAAAGAAUGUGAAUCCCACUUCAGGAAGAAGAUUACAACUCUAUCCAAAGUUAGCCACAAGAAUUUCAUGAAUCUGCUUGGGUAUUGUGAGGAAGAUCAUCCUUUUACUAGAGCAAUGGUCUUUGAAUAUGCUCCAAAUGGAACACUUUUUGAGCAUCUGCAUGUUAGAGAGGCUGAGAACCUGGACUGGACGACGCGGCUUAGGGUAUCGAUGGGGAUAGCUUAUUGUCUAGAGCACAUGCAGCAGAUGAAUCCACCUAUUGUGCCAAGGAAUUUUGACUCGAGUACUAUAUACCUCACUGAUGAUUUUGCUGCAAAGGUCUCGGACCUUGAUUUCUGGAGUGACACCAAGGGAUUGAAAUCCAAUUCCAGCUUAGCCACUGAUGACUCCACAAUUUCAGACAUAGAUGGUAUCGUGCAUCAGUUUGGUAUAAUAUUGCUGGAGAUAUUAACCGGAAAAGUUCCCUACUGUGAGGAAGACGGGUCACUGGAGCAGUGGGCAUCACACUACUUCGAUGGUAACAUGUGUCUUGCGGAGCUGAUGGACUCAAGCCUGAGCUCGUUCCCCGAAGAAGCUGCGCGUGCAUUGUGCGAGGUUGCGAGGUCCUGCAUUGAGCUGGAUCCGAAGAAGAGACCACAGAUGGCGCAGGUCGCCACUUGGAUGAAGGAGAUCACCUCGCUGGGGCCUGAGGGAGCGACUCCAAAGGUGUCUCCGCUGUGGUGGGCGGAGCUGGAGAUCAUGUCUUCUGAAGCUAGCUGAUGCCUGAUUAUGAAACGACCAUCCGCAUGCAGCAAUUUCUUGUCUGUUGUGAUUAGAAAUUCUUUGGUUGGUUAUGUGGUUGCUGAGCCUGAAGAAGGGUCGUAUAGUUUGGUUUCUUUCUUUCUGGUGGUAGCACCGUGUUGCAUGUAAUAUAUUACCAAAAGAGUAAAGUUCAUCACCGGUCCUCAAACUUGUAUCGGUGUGUCGUCCCGGUCCCCAAACUUGCAAAAUGCGUAAUCAGCUCCCCAAACUUGCUAGUUGAAUCAUAUAUCGAAUUAUAUAGGUCCCAAA